AUGGCAAACAACAAUGAUGCCGAUCUCUUCAGGGUCGAAGGUCAGGUCGCCAUCAUUACUGGUGCCGGCAGUGGCCUGGGAAGAAUGAUGGCACACUCUCUGGCCUCAAACGGAGCACAGAAGGUCUACGUUGUCGGCCGCCGCCUUGAAAAGCUUCAAGACACCGCUUCCGGUUACGAGAACAUCGUCCCCAUUGUAGGUGACGCCACCAGGAAAGACUCUCUCCAAGCAGUAGCCGACCAAGUUAAAGCAGAGGUCGGCCAUGUCAACGUCCUCAUCGUCAAUAGUGGCUCCUCAGGUCCUGGGAUGAACAGCAUACCGUCCGACGCACCUAUUAAGGAUGUGCAGCAGAACCUGUGGUCAAUCUCAGAAGACGACAUGAACAAAGUCUACGCCAUCAACAACACUGGAGCUUACUUCACCGCAGUCGCUUUCCUGGAGUUGCUGGAUGCAGGCAACAAGUCAGCUGCCAGGACGGGCAUACAGAGCCAGAUUAUCUUCACGGCAAGUCUCGCUGGCUACGCAAGAGCUCUGUCGACGAAUGUACCAUACUCUACGAGCAAGGCUGCUACGAUACAUCUGGUCAAGCUACUAUCGACGUAUCUUGCUAAGCAUGACAUUCGAGUCAAUGGCGUGGCACCUGGCAUUUACCCGAGCGAAAUGACGGAGGGGAUGACAGAUCGACCUGGCUUUAAUGUCAACACGAUACCGGCGCAUCGGCUGGGGACAGAGGAGGAUAUGCGUGGCACCAUUCUGUUCUUGACAUCGAGAGCUGGCGCGUAUACGAACGGGCUGGUGCUCAUAUCGGAUGGAGGACGACUUGGGCAGAUGCCGGCCACAUACUGA